UCUCUCUCUCUUAGUUGGAGCUGAACUGUCAGGUGAUGUUCCGGAACUUUCAGCGUAAGACGGAUAUGGAGGAGCCUCCGAGUGUGGAGCAGGCUGAGUGUGAUGAUAAUAAGAGCAUGAGGAGGAAGAGUAAAGACCCGCUGUACGCUCGCAUGGAAGACCAGUUCGGACGCUACGGAGUGAAAAUGGAGUGGCUUCUGAUCCAGCGCAUCCUCAACCACAGUGUGGAUAAGAAGAAUAAUGUUCAUUAUCUGAUUAAAUGGAGAGAUCUGCCGUAUGAUCAGUCGUCGUGGGAGAGUGAGGACAUGGACAUCCCUGAUUACGACACGUAUAAACAGCACUACUGGAAUCACAGAGAGAUGAUGAUUGGUGAUGAAGGCCGACCGGGAAAGAAGCUGAAGAAGGUGAAAGUGCGAAAGAUAGAAAAGCCUCCUGCCAACCCUGUGGUGGAUCCGACGGUGAAGUUUGACAGACAGCCGGAGUACCUGGAUGUGACCGGGGGGACGUUACACCCCUAUCAGCUGGAGGGCCUGAACUGGCUGCGGUUCUCCUGGUCUCAGGGCACAGACACCAUCCUCGCUGAUGAGAUGGGCCUCGGCAAAACCGUACAGACCGCCGUCUUCCUCUACUCGCUCUUUAAAGAGGGUCACUCUAAAGGCCCGUUCCUGGUGAGCGCUCCUCUCUCCACCAUCAUUAACUGGGAGCGGGAGUUUGAGAUGUGGGCUCCAGACAUGUACGUCGUCACGUAUGUGGGCGAUAAAGACAGCCGAGCCGUGAUCCGCGAGAACGAGUUCAGCUUCGAGAAUCACGCCAUUCGUGGAGGAAAGAAAGCCUCCAGGAUGAAGAAGGAGGCGGCGGUGAAGUUCCACGUGUUGUUGACGUCGUAUGAGCUGAUCACGAUCGAUCAGGCCGUGUUGGGAUCUAUAGACUGGGCGUGUCUCGUAGUGGAUGAAGCUCACCGCCUAAAAAACAACCAGUCCAAGUUUUUCCGGGUGUUGAAUAAUUAUCCUCUGCAGCAUAAACUGUUGUUAACGGGAACUCCACUACAGAACAACCUAGAGGAACUGUUCCACCUGCUCAACUUCCUCACUCCUGAGAGGUUCAAUAAUCUGGAAGGCUUUCUGGAGGAGUUUGCGGACAUAGCGAAGGAGGAUCAGAUUAAGAAGCUGCACGACAUGUUGGGACCUCACAUGCUGCGGCGUCUCAAAGCCGACGUCUUCAAACACAUGCCGUCUAAAACCGAGCUCAUUGUCCGAGUUGAGCUCAGCACCAUGCAGAAGAAGUACUAUAAGUACAUCCUCACACGUAACUUUGAGGCUCUGAACACGCGCGGUGGCGGGAAUCAGGUGUCUCUCCUGAACGUGGUGAUGGAUCUGAAGAAGUGCUGUAACCACCCCUAUCUGUUCCCCACAGCCGCUAUUGAAGCCCCUAAAAUGCCCAAUGGGAUGUAUGAAGGAGGGGCUCUCACAAAGGCUUCUGGGAAAUUGAUGCUGCUGUGUAAGAUGCUGAGGAGGCUGAAGGAGGGGGGACACAGAGUGCUCAUCUUCUCACAGAUGACGAAGAUGUUGGACCUGCUAGAGGAUUUCCUGGAGAAUGAGGGAUAUAAAUAUGAACGGAUUGAUGGAGGAGUGACGGGGGUGAUGAGACAGGAGGCCAUCGACAGGUUCAACGCUCCUGGAGCUCCUCAGUUUGUGUUUCUGCUCUCUACACGAGCGGGGGGUUUAGGCAUCAACCUGGCAACCGCAGACACCGUCAUCAUCUACGACUCAGACUGGAACCCACACAAUGACAUUCAGGCGUUCAGCAGAGCUCACCGUAUCGGCCAGAACAGGAAGGUGAUGAUCUAUCGGUUUGUCACUAAGGCAUCUGUGGAGGAGAGGAUCACCCAGGUGGCGAAGAAGAAGAUGAUGCUGACUCACUUAGUGGUUCGUCCCGGUUUGGGCUCAAAGGCGGGCUCCAUGUCCAAACAGGAACUGGACGACAUUUUAAAAUUUGGCACUGAGGAGCUGUUUAAAGACGACCCUGGAGAAGGUGAUAAUAAGGAGGAGGACAGCAGCGUGAUUCACUAUGACGAUAAAGCCAUUGAUAAACUGUUGGACCGAAACCAGGACGCCACUGACGACACGGAGCUGCAGAGCAUGAACGAGUACCUGAGCUCGUUUAAAGUGGCCCAGUACGUGGUUAAAGACGAGGAAGACGAGGAGGAGGUGGACAGGGAGAUCAUUAAGCAGGAGGAGAGUGUGGAUCCGGAUUACUGGGAGAAGUUACUGCGUCAUCAUUACGAGCAGCAGCAGGAGGUGUUGGCCAGUCACCUGGGGAAAGGCAAGAGACCUCGCAAACCUGUCAACUACAACGACUGCUCACAGGAGGAACGAGCAGAUUGGCAUGAUGACCAGUCUGACAACCAAUCAGAUUACUCCGUGGCGUCGGAGGAGGGAGAUGAGGACUUUGACGAGCGCUCUGAAGCGAACAACCGCAGACCGAGUCGUAAAGGUCUGAGGAAUGAUAAAGAGAAGCCGCUGCCCCCCCUGCUGGCCAGAGUGGGCGGGAACAUUGAGGUGUUGGGUUUUAACUCCCGUCAGAGGAAGGCCUUCCUGAAUGCAGUGAUGCGUUAUGGGAUGCCUCCACAGGACGCUUUCACCACACAGUGGCUCGUCCGAGACCUGAGGGGCAAAUCUGAGAAAGAGUUCAAGGCGUAUGUCUCUCUGUUCAUGCGUCACCUGUGUGAACCGGGUGCUGACGGUGCAGAGACCUUCGCUGAUGGAGUUCCUCGAGAAGGGUUGUCACGGCAACACGUCCUUACCCGCAUUGGUGUGAUGUCACUGAUCCGGAAGAAGGUUCAGGAGUUUGAGCACGUGAACGGUCAGUGGUCAAUGCCAUGGAUGAAGGAGAUUGAGGAGAAUAAAAGAGCAGCUGCUGCUGCCAUGGGAGACGACCCCAAAACACCCUCUACUGGAACACCUGGAGACACACAACCCAACACACCUGCACCAGAGGAGCUGUCCAGAGGGGAGGAGUCAGAACGAGAGAUGGAGGACAGGAUGGAGGGAGAGGGAGAGAAGGACAGACGGAGCACCCGCGUGCAGGACGAUGAGGUGAUUGAGAUUCCUGAUGAUGGAGAGACCCCCCCGAGUCCGGAGAAGACAGGAACAGGACAGGAGAUGGAGGGAGAGAGCGCAUCGUCCUCCCUGGAGAAGGAUGGAGGGACGAAGCACGCAGCGGGAGAAAAAGAGAAAGAGAAGGAAGGAGAAAAAGAGGAGAGCACAUGUUCUCUAAAAAAUGAAGAGAUCAAAGGGGAGAGGUCAGAGGUCGCCAGCACCUUAGAUUCUGCUCAGCUCAAAGAAGAGUGCCGUGAGGAGAAGAGUGAGAAAACGGACAGCAACCCAACAGGAGAGGAGAAGAGAGAGGUGAAGGAGGAGAAGGAUGGUGUGAGAGCGGAGGAGUCUCGGAUGAACGGAGAGGACGGAGGAGUGGACAGUGAGGAGAAGAAGAAACACGUUAAACAGAGAUUCAUGUUCAACAUCGCUGAUGGAGGAUUCACAGAGCUCCACUCUCUGUGGCAGAACGAGGAGAGAGCCGCCACAGUCACUAAGAAGACGUACGAUAUUUGGCACCGUCGCCAUGACUACUGGCUCCUGGCCGGCAUCAUACAACACGGCUACGCCCGCUGGCAGGACGUUCAGAACGACCCGCGUUUCUCCAUCCUCAAUCAGCCCUUUAAAGGGGAGAUGAGCCGAGGGAACUUCCUGGAGAUCAAAAACAAAUUCCUCGCUCGCAGGUUCAAGCUGUUGGAGCAGGCGUUGGUGAUAGAGGAGCAGUUGCGCAGAGCUGCGUAUCUGAACAUGAGCGAGGACCCGUCUCACCCUUCCAUGGCCCUGAACACGCGCUUCAGUGAGGUGGAGUGUUUAGCCGAGUCGCACCAACACCUGAGCAAAGAGAGCAUGAUGGGAAAUAAACCUGCUAAUGCUGUACUGCACAAAGUACUUAAACAGUUGGAGGAGUUGCUUAGCGACAUGAAGGCUGAUGUCACUCGUCUCCCAGCGACCAUCGCCCGGAUACCGCCGGUUGCCGUGCGACUGCAGAUGUCGGAGCGCAGCAUCCUGAGCCGUCUGGCCAGUCGGGGGUCAGAGGUCACCCAGCCUCAGGCACCCCGCUGACCCCCGAGUAACCUGUUGACCCCUGAGUGACCUUCCCUACUUUAGGCUGUGUCCUAAUCCAGAUUCGCUUCACUAGCUCACACCCUCUGUGCUGGACCAGGCGACACAGAUACGACGCUACAUUCACAUUAGCAAGUGACAGUGUGACCUUUGACCCUUUCCCUAGAUUAGGCCGUUACCCAACCCGAAUAAGAUAAAAAGGAGGGAGAAGGAGGGAAAGACCUUUUGACCCCUGUUACUCUAUUUAUCCGGCUGUGUUCCAAUCCGAAUUAGCCUCACUUAGUGCUGGACCGGUUCACAUUCACAUUAGCACAUUAGAGAUCCCUACAUCCGGCUGUGUCCCAAUCCGAAUUAGAAAGGGGAUGAGUGACGGAGCUGAGAUAACGACAUCAUCGACAGCAGACCAAUCAGAUUGAGGUUUUGUUGUUUCUAUGCAAACGAGCGGAGGUGUGGUGUAAAGCAGCCGCAGUCCAGUCCGAGUGUAAACUGUCCACGUUUCAGGUCACGAUUGGCUGAAAAGGCAACAGCUGCAGAGAGAAACUGUUUCAGCGUAACCUCGUAACUCAGACGCAGGGCACGUUCAUCAUCAAAAGCCUUUUUCUUUUAUUUCUCAUAAAAACAAAAGAGCGAGUUCUUCUUUUCUUCCUCGAAUCUUUCAUUUCCAGCGAUGUUCAGCGUAAUGUCAGUGAGAGAUCCGGCGUGGAAGGUUGGAGUGUGGAGACGCAGGACUCGGAGUCUGUGUUUAAUCUUGGAUUUACUUUAUAAAGUUUUCUUUUCAUUUCUCUGGCUGCAGGAAAACCCACCGCUCUCAUGAAUAUUCAUUUGUAUGUAAAUGAGCUCCAGAUGAUUGGUGUGAUGUCUGACGUGUCCUGCGUCUCUCUACCUCCUGCCUGCGGCUGAAACUCCUCUCCGCAGAUUAAAGAGAAGAAAGUUGUUCAAUAUUAAACCUGAAACACGACUCAGUAAGCCGAGUUUAAACAUUUAUCAGGAUAUAAUUUUCUCGGAAUCUGACUUUACCCCAGCAGGUGAGCGUGAUGAGGUCAGUCUGUGUUAAUUACAGAUUAACGCUGUGGUUAAAGGUCUGUAUUAGUGACCAGAAGGUUAUGAGUUCAAAUCCCAGCACGGCUUUACACGGAGCAGGCAGUGUCCCAAAUCACACUGCACCCGUACCUAAUAAUGUGGCAAAAUAGCAUUUUUAGCUAACCAGCUAUUCAUUCUCCACUUGCUAGUGGCUUUUGGCUGCGUCCCGAAUUACCACACCACACACUGUAGUGCCGACAUGUUAACGCACUGGUACGGUGGUUUGGGACGCAGCCCAUGGACUGGAGCACACACCACUGUUUAUUCCACACAGUCACGGGCUGUGUCCCAAAUCUCAUACUACUCUACUAAAUAGAAUAGCACCAGAGAUACCAGAGCAUAGAGUGUUCACUAGCUGAGUGUGUAGGGCUCAGUUCCUCAUCCACAGCAAAUGGCUGUGUCCCAAAUCAUAUACAGAUGCACUAAAUAGCACGUCAAAACUGUUCUCCACUAUGUCUGAUUCGGUACGGAGCGUUAGUGAGCUUACUGAUUGCGAAGUUCUUGGCCAGGGCGGCUGUGUCACAAAUCCCAUACUAGCAUACUAUUUAGAGUCACUGUUUAGUGCUGUUUGGGAUGAGAGAGGGGCCAGCUGUCGGCGUAGUAUUUAGUGUACUACUUAUGCGGAUUGGGAUGCAGCCGUGCUCAGUUGUCAUGGUAACAGGCAAAGCUUUGUUGUAACUGCUGCAUCUUUAGCUAGCUCCCUAACACUGCUCAGGUAGUGUACUACAUGUAGUGUACUAUUUUUCCACACUAGUUAGUGCACAGGGAAUCAGACGUAGAGACUGGAACACACUCACUGAUGUUGUUGUUAUUGUUGUUGCUGAUGUUAUUGUUGUUGUUGUUGCUGUUUAGUCCACACACCCUGUUUCCACACACACAAUUUUUUUCCCCCGGUCAAUGAUGAUGUCACUCAGAAAGCUCCGCCCCUUUUGAUGAACUCACUUUGUAAUUACUGUUGUUACCCAGUUAUUGUUUAUAAACAUUAAUAUUGUUGUUUUUUUUGAGACCUGCAAUAAAAAUCGUUAACAAGAAUAA